UGCUGAGCACCUGUCCAAUCACCUGUGUGUGUAUCCUGCAGCAGCUCUGAGAUCGUGGAGCUGUGUUGUGUGAGGAGGAGCUGCACGGUUUAUCAGCAGUUUGUGUCGUCUUUGUGAUGCUCAUGGACGUGUGAGUUAAAGCCCACCCCUCACACAAACUAAACAAAGGAGUCAAGACCACCGAAGGUAGACCAAAAUAUCCCACCGGAGCACAUCUCCUCAAAAACAUGACAGAGGAAGGCAUCAUGCUGGAUGAGGUGAUUCUGAACGCACAGCCGUCCACAGACACCGAGGAGACCGUCCCAUGUUUCCAGACUCUGGGCCCCACCGUCACCUUCCAUAAUCUCCGCUACAGCAUCAAGGAACGAUUAGGAAUGUUUAGUAGGCAGUGGGUUGAAAAGGACAUCCUCAAAGAUGUCAGUGGCAUCAUGAACCCAGGAAUGAAUGCGAUUAUGGGCCCUACUGGAAGUGGGAAGACAUCGCUUCUGGAUGUCAUUGCAGGGCGGAAAGAUCCUAGGGGCUUAAAGUCAGGCCAGGUUCUAGUUGACAACACCAUUGUGACCUCUGACCUCAGACUCUCCUCUGCUUAUGUAGUUCAGAAUGACAUUCUGAUGGGAACUCUGACUGUAAGAGAGAACUUGGCCUUCUCUGCCAAUCUUCGAUUGUCACGCAAAGAGUAUUCCUCAGCUGACAAACAGAUGAGGGUCGACUCCGUCAUCCAGGAGCUUGGCCUGAAAGAUUGUGCAGAUACUAAGAUUGGGACGAUGUUUUUGCGUGGUGUUUCUGGUGGAGAGAAGAAGAGGUGCAGCAUAGGGAUGGAGCUCAUCACGUCCCCCUCGCUCCUGUUCCUGGAUGAGCCCACCACAGGCCUGGACGCCAACACUGCCAACUCCAUCAUGGAACUGCUGCAGAAGCUCUCCAAAAAGGGUAAGACUGUCAUCUUCUCCAUUCACCAGCCACGCUACUCCAUCUUCAGACAGUUUGACCACCUCACACUCCUACAUAAAGGAGAAAUCACCUACGCAGGGGCCGCCAACAAAGCCAUUACCUACUUUGAGGACUUGGGUUACAAGUGCGAGCCAUUCAACAACCCGGCAGACUUCUUCCUGGACGUCACAAAUGGAACCAUCCUUCCUCAAAUACACAACAAUAAAUCAGAGAAAUGUAGCAACAGCGACGAGGUUGUGGAGAAUGAUAACCCUCUGGCGGUAAUUUACAGAAGGUCCCCUAAUUUCUUCAGUGUAAAAGACAGACUCACUCAUAUUUCAGAUGCGCUUGACCCUGAGGUUACUAAAGGUGACCGGGUUGGGUAUGCCACACCUUUCUAUUACCAGCUCAUGUUGGUGAGUGGCCGCACCGUCAGAAACAUCUUGAGGAAUCCUCAGACGUCUUACGCCCAAUUGUUCCUCAACAUUUUCUUUGGUAUUUUAGUGGGUCUUAUCUACUACCAGAUCCCACACACUUUACCAGAGGCUCUUCAGAACAGAACGGGAGCUUUCUUUUUCCUAGUCAUUAACAUGGUGUUUGGCAAUCUGUCUGCGGUGGAGCUCUUCAUCAGCGAGAGAGUGCUCUUCGUCCAUGAGAACUCGAGUGGUUUCUACCGCACCUCUGUCUACUUCCUGUCCAAAGUGUUUGCUGACCUCCUACCAAACCGCAUCCUCCCCGUCUUCAUCUUUUCUGCCAUCCCAUACUUCAUGAUGGGCCUGAAGCCUGACGUGGAGACGUUCUUCCUGUACUGUGUGACCCUGAGUAUGAUCAGUCUGUCAGCGGUGAGCUUGGCCUUCCUGGUCAGUGCCAGCGUGGGCUCCUUCGCCAUGGCCAACAUCCUCAUCGCAUUGCCUUACGUCGUAAUGAUGGUGUUCGGGGGUUUCCUAGUGAACCUGAAUUCGAUGCUGAGCUGGAUGUCCUGGCUGAAGUGGGCUAGUAUAUUCAGAUAUGGCUACAAUGCACUUGCCAUCAUCGAGCUAAAAGAUCAAGUCUUUACCAGUAACUACACCAGCAUGACAGGUGACAUGUAUCUGGAUCAUCAAGAGAUCGACUACAGCACUUGGGGCUUCUGGCAGAACCAGGUAGCACUGACAGGCAUUAUGUGCGUGUGUCUGAUUCUCUCUUAUGUGCAGUUGCGUCGGAUCAAUCGCUGGAAGUGAAGGGAUGACACUGGUUGUGUCACUCAUUUGUUGUUUUAAUUUUGAACCCUGUGCAUCAUGAAGUAUCCCAAGUACAGAGAAAUGUGUCAGUCACAAAAUCCACAACAAAAAAAACAAAAAAGCCAAAUUGUGUUUAGUGUUGUUUAUUGCCAAAGAACAAGUACAGUACACUUGACUGAUGUGAUUGCAGGAGCAACAACUCUUGAAGAAUGAUGUAGAGUUAACAGGAAUCACGAUGAAAUGGCACUAGCAACAGAUCUUUUCUCACACAUUGUGACAUACUGGGCAAAAAAGGGUUUUAUAAGUCGAUUGUGAUGGUGGAAUGCAUCCUCUACAAAGCUGAGACCGGCCUUUUUAUUUGCCAAGCAUGACAAAUUCAGGCAACCAACUGAAAUCUUCAUAGGUGGAUGUUUCACCCUCUUACAAAACCCCUGGGC